AUGGCGACGACGACUCCACGUGCAGACUUCGAAAAAGUGUUUCCAUCCUUGGUGGAGGACCUGUUAGGUGAAGCCCGGAAGUACAAACUUCCCGACAAUGCACUACAAUGGUUCGAAAGAUCCCUCAACGCCAACACCCCUGGCGGAAAAUUGAACAGAGGCAUGUCGGUUCCCGAUACUGGCUCGCAACUUCUCGAACGACCCCUGUCACCCGACGAAUUCAAAGACCUUGCGACCCUCGGUUGGCUCACAGAACUCCUGCAAGCCUUCUUCCUAGUGAGCGACGACAUCAUGGAUGCCAGCAUCACACGUCGAGGGGAGCCAUGUUGGUAUCGACAAGAAGGAGUAGGGAUGAUUGCGAUCAAUGAUGCUUUUAUGCUGGAGUCUGGAAUAUACCUCACCCUGAAGAAACAUUUUCGAUCGCAUCCUGCCUAUCUCGACCUAAUCGAGCUGUUCCACGAGGUGACGUGGCAGACGGAGCUGGGACAGCUGUGUGAUCUGAUCACGGCUCCCGAAGAUCAUGUCGACCUGAACAGUUUUAGCAUGGACAAGUAUACCUUCAUUGUGAUAUACAAAACGGCGUACUACUCGUUCUACUUACCGGUCGCCUUGGCCCUUCACUACCUUCGACUUGCGACACCACAAAACUUGAAGCAAGCACAUGACAUCCUCAUUCCGCUGGGAGAGUACUUCCAGAUCCAAGACGACUAUCUGGACGCCUUUGGAGACCCUUCGGUCAUUGGCAAAAUCGGAACGGACAUCAAGGACAACAAGUGUGGCUGGCUGAUCAACCAAGCCUUGCAGAUAUGCACGCCGGAGCAAAGAAAGGUGCUCGACGAGAACUAUGGGCAGAAAGACGACGCAAAAGAGGCCAAAGUCAAGGAGUUGUAUGACGAAUUGCAGCUGGAAAAGAGAUACCGGGCAUACGAAGAGAAGCGCGUGGGGGAAAUCAGACAGCUGAUUGCGGCCGUCGACGAGAGUACCGGCUUGAAGAAGGGCGUGUUCGAGGUGUUUCUGGCCAAGAUCUACAAGAGGAGCAAGUAG